AUGAAGUACCAAGUUUCCACUUACGCUUGUCUUGCGUUUUUCGGUUCUGCACUUUUUGCCGCGGCCACCGACGCCUCGGAGAUCCGCACAUCGGCUUCGUGCGGCUCGUGCAACAACUGCUACUACGCAGGCAACAAUCUAUGCCACGACAACUGGACGGCUAGCGACUGCGCCAAGGUGCCCGAGUACCAGUGGUGCGGCGCAACUUCGGCACCGAUGACGACUGCGACGCCGACUAUUGCCCCGACGCCGGCUCCCACGCGUCCCACCGAGUGCGGCAAGUGCAACAACUGCUUUUAUGCCAAAGGCGGCAACCUUUGCUGGGACAACUGGACGAAGGGCGACUGCUUGGCCAACCCCGCUAACGGCUUCGUUUGGUGCGGUCCCGUUCCGACGCCAGCCCCGACUCCUGCCCCAACGCCGGCCCCGACUCCGGCUCGCACGCGCCCCGCCGAGUGCGGUAAGUGCAACAACUGCUUCUACAAGGCUGGUGGCAACCAAUGCUGGAGCAACUGGACGGAAAAGGCGUGCUUGGCGAACGCGUUCAACGGCUUUGUUUGGUGCGGCCCUAUUCCGACGCCAGCCCCGACUCCUGCCCCAACGCCGGCCCCGACUCCGGCUCGCACGCGCCCCGCCGAGUGCGGCAAGUGCAACAACUGCUUUUAUGCCAAAGGCGGCAACCUUUGCUGGGACAACUGGACGAAAGGCGACUGCUUGGGCAAUCCUGCCAACGAGUACGUGUGGUGUGGUGCCGAUUAAUCCUUGAGAUGAAGCCUUGAUAACUGC